AUGGGUCGACAGGCUUAUUUGAACCGGCUCGCUUUGGGCCGGUCCCCUUACGAAGCUCCCGACAAUGCGGCAGUUGACCCUUCUACUCCAGUCCGACGGGUUUCCAACGUCCAUGCAGACAACUAUACGCAGCAAUAUGAUUCUCGAGGACACCCUGUUAAUCCCGAGUCCAGAACCUUUGGGAAAGAACUCCGGAGAGCAAAGAAUGACAUCCUUUCAACAAUGGGGAUUGUCGUGAGUGGAGAAGACCGCAAUUCUAGUAUCCCCAAUGAGCAGCAAAGGAUCAACCAAAUUGCGAGUGAAAAUGACUUCGGACUAGUCAUCACAACUCUCGACCAAAUUUUCAUUUUCUUUGGUACCUGGUGGACAUCUUCAGUCACCGGUCGAGUUCAGACUUACCGGCAGUACGCCCAUUCUGCAUUACUCAGUGCCAUACAGUCUGAAAGAGACACUGCAGGGAUCCUUAGCUUCUGUUUUUCGGGAAUUCCUGCCUGGGCAAUUUCCAGUGGAUUGGCUAUAGCUCGUGAAACCCCGCUGAAACGGGUGCUCGUCUCUUUCCGGGACUACGUUCAGUCUUUGACGGGCGACUCACUUGGAGUUCGUUCUCUUUUCGGGCUUUUAUACACAGGGGCGAGAAAUGCUGUGCUCAUGUUGUCUAUGGAGUUCUACAUGUACUCCACACUCCAAUCUCUUUCCCUUGCGUCUCCAUAUGGAAUCCCCGGCGUGCAGCUUUUACUUCCCUUCCGCAGGGAAUCUUUGCUACAACUGCCACCCUUGCCCGCUGAUUUCUCCCCUCACUCCCUGGGGAAUUCUCUUGUGGAUCUGUUAAUCUCCCCUGGUGUUUUAGUGUUUCUCUAUGGCUACUACUUACGACCAGAGCUUGAGGAGCGUAUCUACCGGUUAAUCAGAAGACAUCUUCCAAAGCCAGCCCUCCCUGAUGAACUCUCAGUCCGCGUUGCCUUCGAAGAAAACCUGAUAGAGUGGGUGGUGCCCACCCUGGGCCGCAGAUCUGAUGAAGAAUUAUACCGCAGCAAGCUCACCCUAUUCGAAGACAUCAAGUUCGAACUGGCCACUUUUCGGAGAUGGGUAUCAUCCCUUUUUGGACUAAGAUCGAACCAACUGUCAGAGAAGCAAGCUCUCCAGUCUCUCUGGGACGAGAGGCUUCAAAAUCUACGUAAUUCCAUUGAGUCGUUGCAAAAUGAACUUGACGGAGUCCAAGGCAACCUUGUUGCCGAAGAAGGACAAAAUGAUCCCGUGCCUAGGCCUCCGGGGAUUACUCCUGAUUCCCAGGUUGCCGCUCUUGCAUCCCGAGCACGACCAGAGGAUGCAAGCCGACCCACGCAUUUGACUCAGGCAGAAUCAGUUAUUGGGAUGAAUCAAGUGCUUACAAAUGAAAAUCGCAUGUCUCAAUCGCCUGGGGAAAUGAGCAGUGACUAUUUUUCCGAGAUAGCCACUGCUGGACGAACAAGUCGCCUCUCGGCCACUUCGACCCCGCAGGACCAAACAGCCCCGUUACAAAAUGGUGAAGAUUUUGCUACGGACAGACAGAGCUCGCGAUCUAAUACUCUCUUUUCUCGCUCAUCAUCACCAGAAACAUCACCUCCUACGUCGCCUCGCGUAAGAGCAUCCUUGAUACAUCAAAGCUCCGACGUCAUUACGAUGCAACUUGAGUUGAUGGGCCAUCGGAACCGUCAACCACAGAUACAAGCUUCAAAUCCCGCUCAGCUGAAUGCACUAGUGAGCAACCGUUUGUCAGGAUAUAAUAGAAACCAAGCGGCCAUGGGCAGACGAUCCAUAGCCGAGUUUCUCGAGGCUCUUAUCUUAAGUCAGGCUCAGUUCCAAGCCCAGCAGCCCCCGGCGGCGGCAGAUAUGGAUGGCCCCUCAAGUAUCACUGCAAGACCAUCCAACACCCCCCCUCAAGACUUGGGUGCCCCUGACUUGGCCCCUCAAAUCCCGGCCCCAGAAACUCAAGCCACCGACACUCCAACUUCAGAGUCAAUCGAGGAAGCACUAGGGUCUAUCGUUCCAAACAUUCUCCCAGACGGCGUGGAAGAACCCGAUGACGAAGAGCCCUCUAAUGAAACCCACCCUGUCGCAGAUCAUAAUGAAGACACCCAAUCCGACACCCUCGCUCAGCCAAUUCUACCUUCUUCUCUAGUUCCUGGCCAACUGGCAAGUACAUUGUCGCAAGUCCACCGCGUCACCCUUCUUUCAGCAUACCCAGUGGACUCCCUCGCAUCUCAUCUCGCUGCUGCAAUCAGCGGCCUCAUACUCGCGCCGCUUGAAGCACUCUACCUUCGCUCAUUGGCCCGAUCUUGGAUUAUCUCACACCCAUCCUCCGUUACGCAUCUCUCAGAUGUCCACCCGUUGGGUCUUUGGUAUGGCGGAAGUACUUGGCCAGACAUACGGGACUACUCCUACCGACUCGUGCUCAUGAGAGGAAUGCAAGUUGCGAUGAGAGCGGGGAUUUGGGGUUUCCUAGUAGGUUCGACGAUGAGGAUAGGGAGGAAGUUCUGCGGCUGGGGAGCCUUGUGA